CCGUGCUUUGGAUGUGGGGAUGCUGUCUUUCUUGUCUCUGUCAUGCGGCUCUCAGUGUCAGCCUUUGCAUGACGAGGUGAGUCAUACGACAAGACAACAGCUUUCAUGCCGGAGUCGGGGGACGCAACACGCUCGCGUCCACCUCAGUUGGGCUCGUUAUCCACCUUGGGCGUCACGUGGACUCCCGCGCCUGAAGCCCGAGGAUAUCCGCUGCAGCCGAGCGCGUUCGCCGCCGCUCGCCCGACCCUCGUCACUCAGUCUUCAGCGACCUGUUCGCUCGGCCGCCCGCCCGCCUGUCGCUCACGCCCGCGCCCCUCUACGGCGCCUCGGUACGCGCUCGCUCCCCUCUCUUCCCUUCGGAGAUUUUAAAAAAUAACAUUUAACAGUAGCCAGCUCAGUCAUGCGCAAUUCGGUGUAUGGUUUAAUAGGCACAUGAUUUUAUAGUGUGAUGGAAAAUAAUAAUUGAAAUUGAAGAAAGCGAUGGUAGAAAUGAGAGUGAACAUUUAGAAGAAAAAAACGAGGUAUGAAUUGACCAUUGCGUUAUUGAUUAUUGUCUCGGAAAAUAAGUCGAAUUAUCGCAAGAAAGAAAGAAAGAGGAAAAAAUUAUUUGUGUCGCGUCCUUGCUUUUGGACAUUUCUCAGUUCUUGAUGAGCGUGCAGCGCGUGUGUGUAUCAAGGCAUUAAAGUGAUACAGAUCAAAAGUGCCGCAAAGGAUGUUGUGGUUUAUUUGUUGUUGUCGUUGUUGGAUGUAUACGGUCAAGCAGAGGCUGACGACCACGACGACCACGACGACCACGCCCGAGUAAAAGAUGGCGGUCAAGGAUACCCGCUUCGUGUUCUACCGGCCCAUCAGGGUGCCGAACUACAGGGCCAGUCUAUACAGCAGGUGAGUGCC